GCUAACCGAGUCGAGCUGCGCGUCAUGCGUAAAGCACAUAGACCGCACAGGGAAACACAGAGUGGAAUAAGACCUCUAGAUUAGUCUAAAUGCAAAGAGAUGCACUGUAUUUACAGCAAAUAAAAGCAAGUUUCUAACGCUUUUUAAUACCCUCCAGUGCAUUGCUGAAUUUGUGUAUUAAUGGUGUGCGUUUUGCGCAGGCCAGUUUAAGAUUAUUUUUUUUUUUUUUUUUUUUUUUUUUUUGAGGGAUAUCAGCGUGCGGAGCACGGAUUUUCUUUUUAUUAGAGGCAGUGUGCAGGAGUGAGGUAAGGUUGCAUAUCAUGGGUGCUCUAGUGCCAUUAAUACUAGCGCUUUUCCUGGGCGCUGCGUGGGGAUGCCAGCUGCCCCACGACUGGAGACCUCAGACUGAAGCGUGCCGAGCAGAACUAGCGGAGAUCAUUGUCUUUGCCAAGGUGCUCGCUAUCCAUAAGGAGUCUUACAGCGUGUACAACUACCUGCCGUGGCAGUACGACACGGAUCUGUUCUUUUCCGCGGAGAUCGAGCUGCUGUGUGAUCAGGCAUGGGGCAGCAUGCUGGAGGUGCCAGCCGACUCCAGGUUCAAUGUCAGCGGACUGGGAUAUUUCCCCUGCUACUCGUAUAGCGUCAUGGAGAAUAACUCCUACUAUUUCUUUCUGAGAAUGGAUGAAAACUACAGCAUCAUUCCUCAUGGUGUUAACUUCCAGGACCCCAUCUUCCCAGACACCCCAGAGAACCAUCGCAUGUUUGCCAGCUUGUUCCAGUUUUCCAACUGCACAGCUGGCACACAGGUUCACAUGUACACUCCAGACUGGGAGAUGCAGGAGGACAACAGACUGUGGUGCUCAAAUGUGCAGAAGGCCUUAUUUGAGGAGGAAGAGAAAGUCAAAAAUCUCUCUCAGAAAGUGAAGACCCUGGAGAAGGCCAACAACCACCUGAGGGCCAAGGUAAAGAACAUGAAACGUCUCUUGAGGCAGGCUAAACGGGAGACCAAGGAGUCGGUUCAAAGCUUCAAACAGCUUCACGAAGCUGAACCUGAGCUGUCCCAUCCACAGCAGGACACCACGCAGGACCAGAAACCCGCUCUCAGAAAAAUCCUGCCCAAAAAGCUCAAGAACUAACACCUGUUCCUCCAUGGUAGGAAAACCUUGAAUGGUAGUCAAUGUGUAUUGGCAAAUCUAGAAGGCCACAUGUAUCUAUGAAGGCAGCAUUGUAUUUUAAAGGUUCACAAGUAUAAAAAACCUUAUACUGUGGAUUAUCAGUAGAAUACUGUGGAGUUCUUUACUGACUCCAGACAUUUUA